AUGGAUCGCUAUACGAUGGGUAUCGAUCGGUUGAGCUCGUACGAGCCCAUGUCCUCGACGGUGAGCCUGAUCGGUGGAUCGACGUACCUGCCAAACUAUCCAUUGGAUGGUUCCUUGUGUCACAGCAGCUACAGUGUGUCGUCCGGUGAGACGAGUCCAUCUUUUUCGGGCACAGAGCACAACCACAGCUAUGGACAGCUGGCCAGCUACUCGGACGCAAUGUUCGACGGUGAACCGGGCUUUGUGCAGAUUGAAUCGGCCGAUCUGCUGUUCCAUGGAAUUGCUGACAGUAGCGUUCAGCAGGACACCGUACGUCCACUUCGGAUGGUGCCAGAAACUGUGCGGACGGACGAAUGCAGAGCGGACGAUGUGUACCGGGUUCAGGAUAAGCAAUGUCGCUCCACCCCGGCACUGCCAGGAGUGGGAUCGCGCAAACAGUACAAACCACGUAAAGGAACGGCGCUCCUGAAAGGUGACCAUCAUCGAAAAAAGGACAAUACGCCCGCCAGUCCAACGGUAAUCAGGAAACGUCGUCUAGCGGCGAAUGCCCGCGAACGGAAGCGGAUGAAUAGUUUGAAUGUGGCGUUCGAUCGGUUGCGCGAGAUUGUGCCAACGCUCGGGCCCGAUCAUAAGUUGUCCAAGUUCGAGACGCUGCAGAUGGCCCAGACGUACAUCAGUGCACUGAGUGAUUUGCUGGAGCGGGGUGCCGAUGCUACCACCUACAGUCUGUUCGACAGUCUGACCGAGUCGUCGAGGACGAACGAUACGAACAACAACAAUCACAACAGCAGCAACAACAGUAACGGUGAUCGGUUUACCGACAGCUCCUGCAGUUUGCUGCUGAGAGAGUCACCCGAUUCGUUGGAAAAUGGUUUUCUGGACUUGGCAUACCUUUGA